CACACUCGCUGGUGGCGUGGUGUACACGACCCAGUUCAUCCCCUUUCCCGUGCUGCUCAUUCUUGCGUUGCUUAUGGUCGGUAUAUUUAUGUUCUGAAUGGCUAUGCUUCAAGCGGAGAUGAGAUGUGCCUAUUCGAUCGGGUCGGUCUCGCACGCUUUGAUCCGCUCACCAGGACGGUUCAUUUCCUGCCCAUUCACUGGGACUGGUCAUCGAUGAGUGAACACGGUUGUAGCCUUCAGCUUCUAUGCGCUUCCGGUGCAGCAGUCGCACUCCAACCAGCCCGACCGGAUACACCAGCAUGCAUUUACACAUUCGCCGGUUUCUCUCUUUCCGAGAGCUUCCACAUGAACACACUUGUGCGCUUUGAACUUCCACAUUCCCAUUCGCCAAACCCCAUCGAGGACAAUGCCCUUGUCCAGCUACAACCCACCUGUUGUCGGGGAAAGUUGAUCAGUGGGCAUGGACUACUCGGCUGUCUGUUGUCAAUGGCGCCUCGAUCGAGGGUAAUGGAAACUCUAGUCUACACAGCUCUGAGUGCAUUGCGUCGCCGGCUAACUUCGCGAGAUCGUCGUUGGUGUUUGCGACCGACUGUUCCUCCCGAGGCACCACAACCCGCUCCAAGAGAUAAACUAUGCAUGGAGUAUUGGCGAGGACGUCUCUAUGCGUUUGGCGGAUAUGGACCUAAUUUCGCUCCCCCACCGUUUUGGCCUGCACACGUUGUUCACUGGCCGUUUUUAUACGACGCGAGUAAUCCGAACGAGUGGUAUAUGUGCGAGCAAGAUCGUGGUUGGAACAACCAACUGCUGGUUUACGAUGUAUCCCUAAACGGUUGGAAGUUAAUCACCUUGGAUCAAGCGACUGGUAAAGCACCAUCGGCCAGGGCGGCUCACCAGUCUGCACUUUACGAGGAUCGUGGUUGGUUAUUCAUUUUUGGUGGUCGAGGACCUCCGGUCGAUCAGUCCUCUCCAGUCAGGCGAUCCAGUGUUGGGCUUAGUUCACGAGAAAGCUAUGAAGCAGGACGGCUCAACGAUCUUUACUGUUUGGACUUGCAGCUAAUGAAUUGGACUCGUGUCGUCACUCCCCUCGAUGUGCCGGACAUCGGUGGUCAUUUGUGGCCCUGCGGAAGGUCUUGGAUGGGGAUGUCUCUGAGGCAGGCAUCUGACGUGACUGGAACGGCUUGGCCUUGUGUUCUUCAGGACAGUUCGUCUGUGGACCGACCAGCGCGGCAAACGACAAUUCAGCUUUUCGUUACGGGUGGCUUCUCCAAUUCCGAUGAACCAUUGGCGGAUGCCUACCUAAUCGAAGUCUCUCAAUGCACUCUUCACAAAGAUCUCGAGGCUCGUGUCAUUUCAUGCACGACCGAAGCGGUGGGGGAGUCUGGCGAUUUCAUGCGAACUUUUAUUCCCUUGACUACGCCAGAGCUGAUUGAUGGCUUUCGAUGUCCAACUGAACCACAGGUCACUGAACGAGCUGUGACGAAGCUACAGCAGGCCAUGAAUUCGCCCCCUUCAUCCUCGGAUACCGACGAAGAUGUGGAUCGCGCACAAAUCCACGCAGAUAUCAAUCAUCUUGCCGCGCAUUACACGCAGCUCACUUUCUCCCCGAAUAUCCCCUCGCCCGAUGAUGGCGAAGAUGUCCAUCUGAUGGAUCCCACGAAACCGUUUUACCACAUUGCCCGAAUCCACUCAGGUUUUGUUUUAUUCCUACUAAGCCAGUUUUCCAUGUACACCGUGGUUGCUGCACCCACCCUCGACCCGGAUCCCCCGAACCGCGACUAUUUGAAUUCCACUGAUCUUUCUCAACUGGUCGCUGAUCUGGAUCGUCUCUGUUCUCAGUUAUUGAUGACCAUGCGCCCCACUGCUCAUAUUCUUUCCGUUUUAGCCCGACUUUUUAUCCGCUUCAUGUUACCCUGGGAAAUGCUCGCCAUGAUUUUGCAGGAAUCGGACGCUUGGCUUUCCGAUUCCGCAAGAACGCUGUUGCUUGACCAAUUGUCUUCAGAACUAGCCGGUUCUACCAAUCCUAAUUUGGAGCUAAUUCUUUCCGCACAACACGUACUGGAUAAAAUUGCCAUUUUGCUCCCCAUCGACGCGAUUCGUUUCCCACCCCCAUUUCAUGAGCACAUUGUCAAUGCGAACAACCGUUUGUCUUACCAUGUACAACACACAAUCAUCUCUGUUCUUCUAUGGUCUGGCAAAGGUCCAUUGAGUGCAACCACCGAACUGAUGCACGCGUUUCCAAUCAGACCACCAUCGACCAGAUGUUAUGUUGUUCAGGCCAGUCCAUCACCCCGUUUCUGGCAUACAGUCACUUACAGCGCGUUAGAUCACUGCUUUUACGUGAUUGGUGGAGCGACUGCUGCAUCACGUGAACACCCUGUAGAAUGUUACAGACUAUUUGAACCCAUGUCGCUCACGGGUUUGUGUUGUAAUUAUUUAUCUGGCUGGAUUUUCGAACACUCAUUGAAUCAGUUCUCAGCGACGCUCAAACAAAUGACUCGCACUCGACGGAAGUUUGACCUCGUUGAUCGACCUUGUACAGAACAUUAUCAACUUCUCAAGGAGGCGAAAUGCGGUUGCUCCUUCUGCACCAGACUACAUCACGUGAUGAAUGCAUCCGCUGAACGAGAGCUUUCUAGGUGGCUCAUGUGAUCCGAUGUCUCUUGCUCAGAUCUUAUCAUUUUGCGUUUACCUUCCUUAUUUUACUGUUGCGCCUUCCAAAAAUCCCCUAAUCCAGAUAGAAGCUGCAUUUAUGACC